AAGAGUGUCAGUUCUGCGAAUUUGGAAUCUCGAAGAACAGAUUGAAUCCAUUGAAACCCAUCGAUUUCAAUCGAGAAAUGAUGCAUUCCGAAGCAGAAUCAGAAAAAUGUAAAAUUCGUUGCAAAUAAGUUUUUCUGUUUAUCUUUGGACUUGAAUUCCUCUGCGGAAGGGCUUCUCGAUUUGUAAUUUAGAAGAUCGAGAUUUCAAUUCCAUUGUUUGGUGGUGAGGAGGGUUUUUCAGUGAUUAUAUACACGCAGAGAGAAAGAGGGAGAUUGCGAUAUAAAGAGAUGGGAGAUAAUUCAGGUUACAAGCAUUAUAUAGCGGGACUGGUCUCAGGUGUUUCAAUGGUGAUCGUUGGUCAUCCUUUCGACACUGUGAAGGUCAAGCUUCAAAAGCACAAUACUGAAGCUAAUGGAUUCAAGUACAAAAGUGGAUUGCAUUGUACAACUAGGAUAUUGAAGACUGAAGGAGUAAGAGGACUUUACCGAGGUGCAACACCAUCUUUUUUGGGAAUGGCCUUUGAAAGUUCAAUUCUUUUUGGUAUUUAUUCCCAAACAAAGCAAGCACUGCAGGGAGGAGAUUGUAAUGGGAAGCCUGAGCCCCAUAUAAUAAUUCCUUCAGCAGCUUUCGCUGGAUCAAUUAUCAGCUUUAUUUUGUGUCCAUCUGAGCUGGUGAAGUGUAGGAUGCAAAUUCAAGGUACUGACUCCGUGGUUCCAAGCUCUCGUAAAUACAGUGGUCCUCUUAACUGCGCGAUUGAAACCAUAAAAACUGAAGGGGUUACUGGUCUCUUUAGAGGAGGUGGGACGACUCUAUUACGAGAAUCUAUUGGAAAUGCUGUCUUCUUUAGCACUUAUGAAUAUUUGCGGCAUUCCAUGCAUUUACAACUCAAAGGUUCUUCAUUUGAUCACACAAUGAUUGACGUCGGAGUUGGAAUUGUGAGUGGUGGUCUCAGUGGUAUAGCGUUCUGGUCUGCUGUUCUUCCCCUGGAUGUUGCGAAAACUAUAAUUCAAACUACACCAGACAAUAACUUAACUAAAAAUCCUUUCAAGAUGCUGAAAUCGAUUUACAGGAGGUCUGGGCUUAGAGGAUGCUACACUGGUUUAGGUCCUACAGCUUCACGAGCAUUUCCUGCUAAUGCUGCUGCAAUAGUUACAUUUGAAGCAGCUGCGAAAGUUUUGGGGAUCAUACGUGACUGAAACUGGUGCGUCGUUUCUCAACGUUGCUGUUUCCAACAUGCUUUGAUGGUUUUAAUCAAGAUUAUCCUAAUAUUCAUUUGUAAUGAGCUGAAACUGGCGUACUUAUCUGAGGGAGAGUGCUUCACAUGAUUCUUGCAAUAUAAAUGGUUCUUGAGGCCCCACCAAUAAUGCUGUGGAUGAUGUAUCGAAUAUUUUUACCCUAGGUUUUUGACAUGUCUACCCCGGAGUCCUAUUUUCCAUUUAUUUUAUUUGUUUUGGAUUUGUAAGGAAGGAUUCUGGAUGUAGAAGGUCAGCUUUAUGUCUUUGCAGAUUCGUGAUUUAAAAGACCUCAAUGACUGAUAGGCCUAAAUGAAUUUUUUUCUCA